CCUUAUUGGCCUCUGGGGUGGGAGAGGCAAGGAGGAGGAGGAGGAGGAAGAAGAAGAAAAAGAAAAAAAAAAGGAAAAAGGUAGAGUGCUGAGGGAAGUUGCCUGUUCUACCUUAGUGGAUCUCGUAAAAGGAGGGUUCCCUAUUUGAAACACAGCGGGCAGGGGAAAGGAUAGCUUUGGAAACGGAGGCAGUGGCUACACCACCAGCAAGCACGCUUCCCACAGCGUGUGCACCGUACUGGGUUCUCAAGAGCUGCGCUGUUGUAAAGAGAUCCGGCCGCAUUCUGCGCCCUAUGAAGCCAACGUGUUUACCCCAGGUCUUUGUUUCAAAAAACCUGAUGUUGACAUUGCCGUUGCUUGCUGCCCAGCAUGUUGAAGAAAUCUGAUUGCCAGAAAGAAACAUUGAAUUUUCAUGUCAGCCGCCAUUGGCAUCAUAAACAUCAAUGGGCUUGGCUUCCAGUGGAACUGAAUGUUAUGAUGAAAGCUUCCUCAUGGAAUGGCAUGAAGUACAGAGUUUUUCUCCAGCUAUUUCAAGAUGAUCAUUUAUCACCGCUGAUAAAUGUACACCAACAACUCUACAGGUUAUGAAAGAAAUAAAUUGUGAUCAAAGCUCAAAAAACUUACAUUCAAAGGAAACAAGGACCCCAGUUUUUGGUUUGAAAUGGUGAGGAGGCUGCUGAGAAGGAAACUUGGUCCUUGUCAGACCAAACCGUUCUUCCUUUUACUUGUUUUUACCCUAAUCAUAUGCUUUUCCAUCUUAACAAUUCAUGAAAAGUCAGACUCUUUAAAUCACAGACAUUUAGAGUUGACUAGAGAAAAUCCACAUAGUAGCAUUAAUUGUACCAAAAUUUUACUGGGUGACAAAGAAGAAAUACAAAAUGCGAAGCUUACAAUGCUAACAGUGAAUUUUAGAAAUCUCCCUCAGUGGACAAAUGAUGAUUACAUCAAUAGGACCAAAGAUUGUGCUACUUUCAUUAAGACCCGCAAAUAUAUCAUGGAACCUCUUAGCAAAGAAGAGGCAGAAUUUCCCAUUGCAUAUUCAAUAGUGGUUUAUCACAAAAUUGAAAUGCUUGAUAGGCUCCUAAGAACUAUCUACACACCUCAGAAUUAUUAUUGCAUUCAUGUUGACAAAAAAUCUCCUGAAUCCUUUUUAGCAGCAGUGAAGGGCAUUGCAUCUUGUUUCAAUAAUAUCUUCAUUGCCAGUCAACUGGAGAAUGUUGUGUAUGCAUCAUGGAGUAGGGUCCAAGCGGAUAUCAACUGCAUGAGAGAUCUCUACAGACAGAGUUCAGAAUGGAAAUAUUUGAUAAAUCUUUGUGGCAUGGAUUUCCCAAUUAAAACCAAUCUGGAAAUAAUAAGGAAGCUAAAGUCUUUAGUGAAUGGAAACAGCUUAGAAACUGAAAAAAUGCCUUCCCAUAAAGAAGUAAGGUGGAAGAAGCAUUAUGAAGUUAUUGAGGGCAAGCUAAAAAACACAGGAAAAGAUAAGUCACUUCCUCCUAUUGAAACACCAAUUUUUUCAGGCAGUGCCUACUUUGUUGUUAGUAGGAAGUAUGUAGAGUAUGUCCUAACUAAUGGGAAGAUCCUGAAAUUUAUUGAAUGGGCUAAAGAUACAUAUAGCCCAGAUGAAUAUUUGUGGGCUACAAUUCAAAGAAUUCCUGAAGUUCCAGGUGCACUCUCUUCCAGUAAUAAGUAUGAUAUUUCCGACAUGCAUGCAGUUGCUAGGUUUGUGAAAUGGCAAUACUUGGAAGGAGACGUUUUCAAGGGAGCUCCAUAUCCACCAUGUAAUGGAAUUCAUGUCCGUUCUGUAUGUAUAUUUGGAGUAGGAGAUUUAAACUGGAUACUGCAACAGCACCAUUUCUUCGCCAACAAAUUUGAUACUGAUGUUGACUCUUUUGCAGUCCAAUGUUUAGAGGAGCAUCUAAGACACAAAGCUCUCUAUCAGAUGGAAAACUGAAUGUAUUUACUGUAAGAGAAAAAUGAAAAUAUCAAAGAUGUAUAGAAUGUCCUCUGUGUUUCAGCGGAAAAAUCAUGAAAGAAAUCACAUUCUAAAUUGCCUAAAUUUCACUGACUUCUAGUUUUCUACAGAAUGCAUUUGAUUAGAAAUAUUUUGAAAUCAAACUAUGAAGUUGGAGUUAAAUAAAAUGUUUGUUUGGGGAAGGAAAGAAGGGAGUCAUGGUUUUUCCUAUUAAUAAGUAUAAUCUAAAAAUGUUCUUAUUUUUCAAAAAGAUUUGCAUAAAUGAAGUAAAUAUAUAUUUGUAUGUAUAUAUGUUUGCAAAUCUUUCCACAAUGUUAAAUUAUUUUUAUAUAUCUUUUGAGUGAAGAUGGACAGAUUAUUGGGAAUGGGGGUUUAGGAUCUGGAGAAGAUGCAGAUAAAAGGAGCAAACUCAGCUCAGGGACCAAAAAUAAGAAAUUUUUCACUCUGUAGAUUUCAGUGGUGUUGAAAUUAUUGGGAAAACUUUGGAGUACGAAUGUUUUCUUGAACUGAAUUAAACUUAAAAGCAACAGCCAAUCACAAGGAUACAAUUUAUCUUUCAAUAAUAUUUUGUGUAUAUAUUGUGAUAUAAGUUUGAUGUUUUUUCCAAAUGAACCAUGUGAAACAAAACUUCUAUUUCAGUUGGAAAAAUUUUGUAUUAUACAAUAUUCUUAUACAUAUCUUCUCAGGGGAUAUAAAAGCCAAGUGCCUGAAUUUCUAACAUGUAGUAUUUUAAAUUAAUUUCAAUACUCAUUUUAUUUUUUUUUUCAGAAAAAAAUGCUAAUUCCUUGUUCAUCUGAUAUCAGUGAUCAUGUUUCUAAAAUCUUUGAAAUAUGUUGAUCUGUCUCAAACAAAAUAGAUAAGCUAGAAUAAUGAAUAAAAAUUGGCACAUACUCCACUUCAGGGAUUCUUAAGCUGGCAUCUUUGAACAACAAGUAAUAUUUUAAUAAGGGUAUUUCAGUAUAAUUGGUUUCCUUUAAAAUGAUGUGUAUUUUAUUUUAUCCGUUUAAAAACAUGAUGCUGAGGAGAGGUCCAGAGACUUUACCAGCCUGCCCAAGAGGUUCAGGACACCCAAAAAAUGGUGAGGUAUCUCUUGAUCUAGUGUCUUUGCAUAAGGAAAACCUAAUUUUCAUAGCACAUCAAAAUUUAUUUAUUAGCCAGUGAUCAGGGCACCUAAAAAAUGCUAAUACAGAAAAGGCCAAAUGGAGGUUAGAAAGAAAAAAAAUGUAGCAAAGGUACACAGUUUCUAACUGCUACAAUGAAGAGUUUUAAAAGAAAGUAAAACAUGGGAAAUACGUUUUUCUGGUACCUAAAUAAUAGUUGACACUUGUAAAUAUUAAACACUUGUCUGAUUUGAAUGGCCAAAGAAUGAUACUACAAUUAAUAAUAAAUGACAUUUAUGUAACUCAUUAAUUUUUGAAAAGUGCAAUAUAUAAAUUGUUUCAUUUUAUCCUCAUACUCACUUUGUGAAAUAGAUAUGUUAAACUUUUUUUUUUCCUUUUACAAAUGAAGAAACAGGCCUUCAGUGGUUAGAUAAUUUUUCCAAGGUCACAUAAUAAAAUGUAAGUGUCUGAAGUAUAAUUCCAACCCAUAUCCUCUUUCAAGAUCAAGAUCCAAUCCUGAUAUAUAUUUUUUAUACUUUGCUGCCUCUCAACCUUGCUCUCUCCUACCUCCACCCCAACUCCCAAGACUAUUUACAAAUUUAUAUCCCAAAAGAUUUCUUCCUCCUUUACUGUUGUAUUAGUUUCCCAUCACCUGGAAAUAUGUCCUAUGUGUUCCUCCCUCUCUGGCAGAGCAGUUUAUAUAGUAGUAUCGUUCUGAAUCUGUCUUGGACUUCUUGAUGAAAAUUUUAGAUUUAGGAUAAGCAGGUUUAGUAUUCAUAUAAAUAUAGUUCUUUCUCAAUUCAGGCACACAUACGACUUACAUCAACGACAAUCAAAAGGGAGUGUUUUAUCCUAUUUUCAGUGCUAAUUGAUUCAUGUUUAAUGCCAAAGUGAAUGAUACAAUUUCCAUCUUAAUUAUGUUUGAUAAAUGAGAGUAUGGGGUGUUCAGGGAGGUCUAGAACCUCUGGUAGAAGGGCUGGCUGAAUCCUUUUCAGCAUUGCUCAUCCACCUUUGGUAUCCAUCUCUCACCCAACUCUCACUUGAGGUUCCAAGAAGCUGCAGCAUGCAUAUACAAUGGCCACACCCUGGUGAAACCAUGUAGCAGAUGGACUAAACCAAAUUGAGGGAAUCUGAUGGAACCAAAACCCAUCAUUGAGUUAGGGGGAUGUCUAUCAUAAGCAUGUGAAGAUUUUCCCCAAUAGAAUGCAACAAUUUGUUCCAAAAGCCAUGAAGGCCACUGAAGCAAGUGCUGUGGAGAACUUAGAGCUUGGUCAGACAUCAAAGAUUCCAGGAUCAUCCACUGAAUCCUGGGCAUUGCCAGUUGUCCUUUCUUCACCAAUUGUCGAUGACACUGGAAGAGAAAGAAGCUGAUGACUUUAUGUAACACUACCUCACUUAAAUCCAAUUCAUUCACAAGACAAGACAUCACUGUAAUAUCCCUGGUCCUCUUCAAAAAUGAAGGAUGAACAACAACAUUUGAUAAGUUUAUGUUGCUAAACCCAGAGAUCUUUUAGUAUCCUGAGUUAUUACAGGAAUUGUUCUCAUGACCUUUAACAAAUGUUAUUAUUUGAAAUAAAAAAUAUGGCAUAUGAUAAAAUAAGUGGGGUAAUGUCUAAUGUCCUGAACACUAUUCUGGUAUGCAAAUGAAGAGAACACAUUUUUAUUUUAAUAGUUCUGCUAUUAAAUGAAGAUUUGCAGAUUAUUCCAACAAAUAUACGUUGUUUCUGAACUGUUUUACCUGUGGGAUGAGAGAAUACAUUUCCUGUUGUGGAAUUUGACAGUAUGAAGUAUGGGGGUGGGGAGGGAAACUUCUGGGACCAAUAUGCGUUCUUGGUUUCUAAAACUGGAGGAAAAAAUAAACCACUUCCUCUUAUUGAAAUAACUGUUUGAGUAUUGUUAGUUAUUAUUAGUGUUACCAUUAUCAUUUUCCUAGCAGGAGUGUGUGUAGAUUGAAAGCCUGCAUCAGAGGUGUGAGAAAUGAUUAUUAAUAACUAUUAUCUUGGGGAGAUCAGAGGCUCUCCCUUUUUAAAAAAUUUCUCAUUUUCAAAGGUUCUGUUUUUCUUGAAAGACAUUACUGAUAAUGACAUUGCAUUGCCUCUCCUCCAUCUUGGUCACAUUCCACUUACUUUGUAAGGAAUUUACUGUAGAUUGAGGAAGCUCAUUGUGUUCUACUCAAACUUGGUUGUAGACAGUCUAGAAUGGGGGUCCUCAAACUACGGCCUCGGGGCAGAUGCAGCAGCUGAGGACGUUUAUCCCCCUCACCCAGAGCUAUGAAGU